AUGCUCAGUGAACACAUCUUUACUUAAAAACUGAUGUAAUUAGGCGAGAAACAAAAGACCUUUACAGCAGUUCCAAUACAAAGAAGUUUUUUUUCUGCCGCACACAUACAUACAAAAACCAAGUGAGGUUUGGUGGCCUGCUUUUGUGGUGUGUGUGUUUCUUUUUCGGAGGGUGGAAAGUCGUUGAAGGAAAAACCCAGGGUGUCAUCAUGUGAAAACAGGAUGUGCAGGUAAGAGACGAGCAGAAGUCGCAGUAACGACUCACUGGUAAGUUGACUUACUAUAACACUUAUCAAUUCAGUUUCUUUUGUAGCACUGAAUAAUAAACCAGAGCAGAGGUGGACCAAAGGCUAGAAGAAUCAUCAUUGUUUUAUGAAGCAAAGCGAGAUAUGCUCUCUAAAUCUCUUUAUAGAUUUUUGUGUGGACCGGGAUUGUGUGUUUUGCCUUAUGACUUGUGUCGACACUUUUCACUUCCCUCACUUGUGAUGUUUCUUCAAGAGUUGUGUGAAAAGCAGUAAUGGCUUGUCUGCCCGCGCUAGCCAUAUUGCUCGCUGCGGCCAACACGCUCGGCCACAAGGGGUCACCAGACACCUACUAUGUCAGCGCAGGCCACCUCCUACUGCUCAAGUGUCCCAUCGCGGGUGAAAACGUCACGUGGGCCCGAGAAGAGGCGAUGGCGGGGACGAUGCCAUCUCUGCCCCCUGGCGUGGAAGUCAUAGACGACCUUCUGUACUUCCUGCCCGUGCAGAUGUCCCACAAUGGCACUUACAGUUGCGAGAGCACGGUCCAAAGCAGAACCGUCAAGAUUGACUUUUGCGUGUCGGUGUCCAAUGGACUUUGUCCUCCUGUGGCCGAAGUGAGGAGCAUCACCCUGGGGGUCACAAAGAGCCUCCCCUGCAAGCUGGACGACGUCCUACGACGCAACCACACGAGUAACAUACGGUGGCUGAGGGACUGCCGCCCGCUGGAGCGAGAGGGCGCAACUCUCAGCGUGCACGACAGCGGCUUGAGGCUGCGCAAGGCCACGGAGGAGGACGCCGGCACGUACACUUGCCUGGUGGACAUCAGCCUCCGUGGCAGGAAGUACACGUCGGCACGAAGCGUCCAGCUGGACAUAAACAACGAGUUGACACAGGCAGUUUUUAGCGAGCCUGAGGUGAUCCAACAACAGGAUCAAGUGCUCGUCGUAGACAUGGGUGCGCGUGUGGAGCUGAAGUGCUCGGCUUUGCUGGGCUACAGUCAGAAUGAGGAGACGACAAUGUUCUGGAUCGUAAACGGCAGUUUUGCUGACGAGGACCCGGAGCUCAAUGAGACGUUCCGCUUCACGCCAGACCAAGGCCGCGUGCUUGGCGAGUCCAUCCUGACCAUUUCCAGAGUUCUUCCUCGUUUCCUCAAUGUCUUCAUUCGCUGUCGGAUCCAGAGCCCUCUGAAGGUGAAAGAUUGCCAAGUGCAGCUCAGAGAAGCCAACCACAGCUGGUUCCACACUGGCGUGGCAGUGGGCGUGGCCACCCCGCUUCUUCUUCUACUUCUGGUCUUCCUGAUGCUCCUUUUCAAGGUGGACAUAGUGUUGGCAUACAGGAGGCUGCACGGAUAUUUUGUUACUCCUCAAGAUACCGAGUGGGUCCCGUACGACGCCUUGGUGAGCGUGGUCCCCGCCGAGACCAGCUCAAGCGUGGCGUCUGACUUUGCCCUGCAUACGCUGCCCGGCCGGCUGGAGGAACGACAUGGCUUCCGCCUCUUCAUCGCAGGCCGAGAUGACAUCCCGGGAGAAGCAAAACUCGAUGCCGUGGCGGCCACUUUGCGGAGAUGCCGCCGGCUGAUCAUCGUCGUGGUGUCGGCCAAGGAGACGGACAAAGAGGAAGAAGAACAGGGGGAGGAGGAGGACAAGAAAGAGUGGCGGCCCUUCAGCCUUGGGGAGCGACAGCUGAGCUAUGAGCAGAAGCUGGGCCUGCACGACGCUUUGAUGCACGAUACGCCCCCAGUCAUCCUGCUGGAAAUUGACGGUCCGCCGGAUUACGGCCGCUUGCCGCAGUCUCUAGCCUACAUCAAGAGGAGGCAGGGAGCACUCGCGUGGAAUCAAAGCAAACACGAUAGACGCUUCUGGAAAAAGCUCAGGUUGCUCAUGCCGGACGUGCCGGCCAGCAGACGAUCAAGACCCCAUCAAGAUCACAUCUUGUUAGUGCAAGCGGAAGCAACAAAAUUGGAGAUGGAUUUCUUCCCGCUCAUCCUGAUGGUGACCGCACUUCACCCUUCUGCCACACAGGAGCUCUCGUGCGAAGACUUUGAUGUGGAGGACUAUGUGCUCAUAGAAGGCGAAUCCUUCCAACUUGUUCCGUACAUCCUGGACGACUCCGUGGUGCCCUUGGAAAGGUUCACGUGGUUCAGAAAUUCUUCAGGCCGAGAGCGUGCCGUGGUCCCAUCCGGUGAAAUGGAGAGGAUUCACCACCACGCCGGCGCGCUCUUCCUCUUGAACGUCACCGUGAAGGACUCGGGUUUCUACACGGCUCGCCAAAACAUCACGGGCGAGGCGUGUGAGAACUAUUAUGUGAAUAUCACGGUCCUAGAAGCGAGUCGAGCUGACAAGGAGCACUUCUACGGCGCUCUGGAUGAUUCCGGAAGGAACAAACAUCUAGUGUGUCCUGACCCGGUGGCCAAUAUCUGCAGGAGGUUGGGCGGAGCCUUUAGCUGGUACAAGAACGACACUCUGCUUACUGGUCGGCGAUCAGAUGCCAUGUGGCUACACAGCCUAACGGCCGAAGACCAAGGCGUGUACACGUGUGUGUGCACGUGGACUCAUGGGAGCCACCAGUACACCACGUCGGGUUCUAGGGAAGUCACAAUCAAAAAUUCGUUCUCCUCCAAUUUGCUUAUCUUGGCGCCCACAAAGAACAUCAGCACCCAUGAAGGCGUAGAACUGCGGCUCAACUGUUCUGUGUUCUGCGGAACCAACAUAAAUCCGAAAUGCUCGGCUCGAUGGCAAGUCGGCGAGAAGAACGGCAAGCGCGAUGGCUACAUUCAGAGCAUGAACGUCCACACCUCCUCGCCUUCCCAGAGCACGGUUGCCACGGCGAUCCUUACCAUCGCCAAAUUAUCAUCCAGAGAUUUCCGAACAAAUUUCAAAUGCAUCGGCAGCGACGGCUUCUUGACGAGGGAGCGGUUCUUCACACUGAGCCCUAGAGAUACACUCACUCCACUGUGGCUCGCUGGAGUGGGUGUUGUGUUAUUGUGUGUGUCUGCUGUCAUCCUGGUCAAAGUCUUCACUGUGGACAUCACGCUGCUCUUAAGACCUUACUUGCCCAUGGCUGUCUGCAAUAAAGAUUCCAAGAGGUACGACGCGUAUGUAGUGUUGGAAACGCCGUCGGCUCAACGACGGCAGAAUGAAGGAGUGCAGUACCCCGAGAGGCCACCAGAGGACGCCAACAAGCACAUGUUGGCUUUUGUGGAGCAGCUGGUGUCGGUCCUGGAAAACGCUUGCCGAUAUCACCUCUUCGUGCAGCACAGAGACAACUUGCCAGGAGAAGCCCACAUUGCGCAGGUUCAGAAAAGCAUCGAGCAGAGUCGCAGGCUGAUAGUGGUUCUCGCCCCACAUUCGGAAUCAUCCGAUCAGCAGAUUGAUUCCUCCCCUCGCCUCAGCACGGCAGGCUUUGAUUGGCAGGUGGCUCUACACCACGUUCUCACCCAACCCAACAUGGCCGUCAUCCUCAUUCAGGUGGGCCAAGCGGGGGAUUACGCCCACCUUCCCAUGACCCUGCGCUAUCUGCUUGCCAAGAACGCCCCCCUCAACUGGUCGCCCGAGUCACACGGCACCGCCACGCGCCACUCGCGCUUCUGGAAGAACGUUCGCUACCUCAUGCCCGUCAGGCCCGCUACGCGUCCACCACAAUUGUGCCGACAGGAGGGAGAUAAAGGCUACACAGGAAAAUGGUGGGGGGAGUUAGCGCUGUAGUUUCCCUUUUCCCCACAAGUGGGAGACAAAGUUUACUUUGUGAUAUGUUUGAAGUGUACUUGUCCCUUUUAUUUCAAAUCCUUUGUUGACACCAUAACGUUUGAUUAAACAAGCAGUCCCACCAAAAUACCCGGAGGAAACCUACGCAAGCACGGGGAGAAGAAACGCUACAGAAAGAAAGCCGGAGCAGUAAUCAUUUGUGAACUGUGAGGCGGACAUGCAAGCCAGUGUGUCGCCUCUUCAUUCUUUCACUUCAUUGACUUGAUUUCUCACUCAUCAUUACACAUGCAGUUUCUGCAGAAAUUGUACAUUU